UUGACUGUGAUGAAGCAUAGAAAAAUAUUCUCGUAUAAUUUGCAAUUAAUAAAUUAUUAAUCGAAUUUUUGAAGAUAAUGUCGAAAUUCAGUUUUGACAUAAUACCCGCAGUACCUCGCGGCGACCUUAUUGGACUACAAACCGUUAUAUCCAAAUUGGAGGACCAUUUAAAGAGUACCAAUGAGAAACUUGGCAACUUUAGGAAGCUAAUCAGAACCGAAUCGAAUAUUAAAUCGCGCGAAAUUUACUUAAACAAGGUACAUGCUAUGGUGAAAGAACAGCACACGAUCCAAAGUCUACUGGAGAAUUAUAAAACAAAGUUAAAGAAGCUUGAAUCUUUAAAGAAACUGAAAUCUGUUGAGAAGCAAAUCCCGCAGCAAACAAAAAACUCAAAACUCUUCGAACUAUUCCAUAAUUAUGAGUCGAAGGAAGCCAAAUUUGACAAUCAGAGCGAAAGGACAUCCGAAACACCAAAGCGUAAAAUUGUGGAUAAAGAAGAGAUUGUAAACAAUAAAGGCAGAAAAACCAAGCAAAUUGUCAUUGAUAAUCAUGGCGAGGCAAUGAAGUGCUUGAAAGCUCAUGUGAAGAAGCGCAUUACGGAGGAGGAACAAAAGGUUGUAGCUCCCAACAUUACAAACGUAGAGCAAACGAAACAUUCAGAUGAUGACGUUCAAAUAUUGGGAAAAGCGAAAGCAGAGACUGAACAAGUUGUGAUAUUGGAUCAAGAAAAACAUAUAGUUAAUACCGAAAAAGCUGAGGAAUUGAAGCAUGUAAAAGAAACGAAAGCAAUGAUAGAGGAAAAAUCAGAUUUAAGUGUCGAUGUUCCCUUACCUAAUGCCAUAGUUAUUAACAAUCACAGCGAAGCGAUGCAAUGCUUAAAAGUCCUUCAGGAAUAUGCAAUGCUAAAUGAAAACUAUCGAGCAAUAGGACUUUUAAUGGAAACAGAAAAGGCAUUCGUAAGCCCGCCGGAUGUCACAGACUUCGAGCUGUAG